AUGUUGCGACGAAGUCCACAGAGCACACCCGAGAGGAAGCACUCUCCAGAGAUUCCGGGUGGUAUCAAGCCUCCAUCUCCUCGAACCGACAGGGAAGGGUUUCGACGAUCUGGGAUUAGUUGUUGGCAUCGAUGGACUAUUGGUCUGGCUUUUUUCAUAGCGUCGUUGACCCUGCAACACUUUCUUUUGGCUCACAAACACGCCACGGAAGAUCCUGGCUCGCUGAGGAAUCUUGCGCUUCACAAUAACUAUUCCGUCAGCACUCCUCUACCCUCAUCCUCCAUGAUCCCCGUAGAGACGACGGCUACCAACACUCGAGGGCCCUUAUCUGGUCACAAACGCAUUCAUCCCAUUCAAUUUCAAUACGACUUCAAAACCAACACGGGUCAUCACAUUCGACUCUUUCAAAACGAACUGGCAGCCGAACCAUCGACUGAAAUUUACCGAGCAAGUCGAGGAGACGACGAUGAUGUCGAGGACCAGAAGGAUGCCGUCUGCGAGGCUAUCAAUCCCAACUACAGGCAGCUCUAUCAAAACUGUGGAAUCCUUCAUGAAAUUGAUCCCAUAGAUGGAACUUUCAUCAAUUGUGGGGGAGCCAGAUGUGCCUUUUACUUGCCCGAUAAAACGGCAACCUCCCAACGAGUCGUCUUGAAGACUCAAAAAUACAAAAAGGACUGGAAACCCCGUCGAUGGGAAAAGGCUCGAAAAGAUGGUCUCAUUAUGGAACUGGCAACUCACUCCCAAUUCGUUGCCAAUGUCUAUGGAACGUGCGGAACAUCGCAACUGCUUGAAUACGCUCCCCGCGGGGCUCUACACGAUCACAUCAAACUCUCGCGUCUGGCAAUGCAGGACACCAUGAAACCUGUGGACAAGCUCAAGAUUUUGAUUCACAUUGCCUCGGCCAUUACCGACCUGCACGAUCCCAAGGUAGCUGCCGUUCAUGGAGAUAUUUGUUGUCAUCAAUUCUUGUGGAUGGAUGGCUUUUACAGACUCAAUGACUUUCACAUGAGCAGCUUUAUAUUCCUCAACAAAACCAGCCAUCAGACAUGUCCUGGACGCAAUUCCGUGGCCCAACACGAAUACUUGUGGCGGGCACCGGAAGAAAGCGAAACCGAUUUCAAGACGGUCAAGUUGGAUCUGGAAAAGGUGGACGUAUGGCAAAUGGCGCAAACCAUGUUUUAUGUCUAUACCAAACAAUGGCUCUACGAAGGAAUGCCCGAAAAGCAAGCCUACCAACUGUUUCACAAUCGGACCCUCUCCAGCUUUCCAUCCCAUCUCAACACAGCCAAUUCUGCCAAUGCCGCCAUGCAAGCUGCCAUUCAAUGGUGUUGGAACUUUCAAGCCGAGAAACGACCCACUGCACAGCAAGUACGAGAUUACUUGUUGCAACAACUUUCCACCAUUGUUGGUCGACCGAUUGGACCCAGAGAUCACAAGGAACUGGCAGUAGCGGUGCCGCCUCUGCCCAAGAAUCAUCGGUACACCGAUUCCAGCAUGGAUGGUGCCAAUCCAAAAAAGGGGAAAGAGAAGAAGCACAUUCGGUAUACCGAAGACUGA